AUGUCGAGCACUCUCCCCAACAUUGAGGUCCAAAACCUCUCAUACAAGUUCCAAGAUGGUUCCGACGGCCUCCAGAACGUAGCCAUGAGCCUCCCAGCCGGAAGUCGAACCCUCCUAAUCGGCGCAAAUGGAGCGGGCAAAACCACCCUCCUCCGCCUAUUAUCAGGCAAGCGUCUAGCACCCAAUGACACCAUCGCGGUGGGUGGCAAAGACCCCUUCAAAGACAGCCUAGACGGCGUAACCUACCUCGGUGUAGAAUGGGUCUUGAACAGCAUUGUUCGCACAGACAUCGACGUGCCAACACUUCUCGCCUCCGUGGGCGGAAACGCUUACCCCGAGCGUCGGGACGAGCUAGUCGACAUCCUAGACAUUGAUCUGAGUUGGAGGAUGCAUGCCGUGUCGGAUGGUGAGCGUCGUCGUGUCCAACUGGCUAUGGGUCUACUCCGGCCGUGGCAGGUUCUGCUUCUUGAUGAAAUCACGGUCGAUUUGGAUCUUUUGUCUCGAAGUAAUUUCCUGGCAUUUUUGAAACGCGAGACGGAGAGCAGAGCUUGCACCAUUGUUUAUGCUACUCAUAUUUUGGACAACCUUGCUCAGUGGCCGACUCAUCUCGCUCAUAUGCACUUGGGUAAGGUUAAGGCGUUGGGCAGUGUUGAAUCUUUCCAUGAGGAGGUUCCUGAGUGGACUUCUGAGAAUAGUCGACUUGGUGAGUUGGUGCUCAAGUGGCUCAAGGAGGACAUGGCAGUUAGAGGGCCUCGGAAUGGUCGUGGAAAUCAGGCUAAGACUUACCAGUCCCUUGAGGGCAUUGGUGGUUAUGGAUUGGAGAAGCGCUCUGAUAAGUGA